AAAUGUUACUAUUCUAAUUAAACGACCCACACGAGGAGGUAAGGAGUCUCCCUUUGUCACUUGAUGAUUGUUAAUAGCAAGAGCUAACAGGUCACAGGGAGGAGGAACCUGAAGGAGAUGGCAGACAAGAGAAAGCUUCAAGGAGAGAUCGAUCGGUGUCUCAAAAAAGUCACGGAAGGAGUCGAGACUUUUGACGACAUUUGGGGCAAGGUACAAACUGCCGCUAAUGCUAACCAGAAAGAAAAAUACGAAGCCGAUUUGAAGAAGGAGAUCAAGAAGUUACAGCGUCUAAGAGACCAAAUUAAAACAUGGCUAACAUCCAAUGACAUUAAAGAUAAGAAGUCUUUAAUGGACAACAGGAAACUGAUAGAAUCCAGGAUGGAAAGAUUUAAAGUUAUCGAAAGAGAAACGAAAACAAAAGCUUAUUCAAAAGAAGGUUUAGGAUUAGCAGCAAAAGUUGAUCCUGCUCAGAAAGAGAAAGAAGAAAUAAGACAAUGGUUGACAGACAUCAUAGAUCAUUUGCAAAGACAAAUCGACCUGUUUGAGAGUGAAGUUGAGACACUUCACAGCAGUUCAAAGAAGAAGAAGCUAGACAGAGAAAAACAGGAAAGAGUUGAUGAGCUCUCUAACUGGGUGGAAAGACACAAGUUUCAUGUUCAAAAAUUAGAAACUAUAAUGAGAAUGUUGGAUAAUUCUUCAAUAGAGACGGAUGAUGUUAAAACAAUACAAGAUGACCUAAAUUAUUACGUCGAGUCGAAUCAAGAACCUGAUUUUGCUGAAAACGAGUUACUAUACGAGGACCUACACCUUGAUGAAACAGCUGGAAUUUCAACAGGUUUCUCACAUUUCGGACAGUGUGAGGAUGACGAGAGUUCUUUGGCUAGUUCUCCGACGUCAAGUGGUCCUCUUUCGCCGAAGACACCUACCACUAGUGGGAAACCUUUGCCCCAGUCUUUAAGAGACAGUAGUCAUGACCACCCUCCAUCUGAAUUAAUAGAAGAGAGAAGAAGAGGGAAGACCUCGUCGCUGGGUAGUGACCAUGGAAACGACGUGCCCCCAUCACCACGACGACCAGGCCCAAAAUCACUCACUUUAGGAUCUGGUCCUUCGAACAGAGGAAGCAAUAAUAAUGGAGGGAAGAUCACUACACCUGUUAGUAAAGGAUCGUCAAUUGGAGGAAACAACAGUAGAACAAAUAGUAAUAAUAUUCAAACCACACCCAUUGCGAUACCGUCUCCGAAAGGACAGAAAGGAUUACAGCAGCAACAGGUUCAUACUCCAGCAGCUGCUACUCCUAAUAAUAAAGACACUAAGGAUCAGUCAGCAGUCCCACCUCCUUAUGCUGUAGCAGCUGCUGGAUCAGGAGCAGGGAACAGUUCUGAACCAGCAGGACUCACUACACCUGAUGUGACCUCACCUGAUGGUGUAUCUGCUGAUCAUGUGACUACUUCCUCUCUUCUGAUUGGUGGUAAUUCCGCCGUUACCACAACGACAGCUCAUCCUAUGAGAUCUCAAGGACCUCCAUCUUUGCCAAGUCAGCACAGUCGCUCAAGCUCCACCUCCUCCUCCCUCUCCCCCUCCCUCACUCACUCGGGAGACUCACUCUCUCAGAACGGGACAGUAGGGGGCGGAGUCAGUAAUACUAUUGACGCUAAUCCUCCUUUACCAUCAUCCGGACCGUCAUCACAACCUUCUGUUGGAUCUCCUGUCUCUCUCACUGUCUCAACUAGUAUCACUUCUCCCCCGGACUCUUCUCCUAGUCAAUCAUCAGCCAAGCCCUCCCCACCUCUGGCCCCGCCUUCCGUUGCUACAGUAACUGCCUCCCACCCACAGCAGAUCCCGGUCGCCAUUACAACCAACAUGAUGGCUUCUCCUGGCUCUCAGUAUUUCCCGUCUGUGUUGCCAGAGAAGAUUCCAGCAGUGGGUGGAGCUGGAGGCGUGGUUAUUGGUCGAAGUGAUAGUUACGAUCAUGAGGGUGGGUUACAAAUGGGAGGAGGUGGAGGACUACCUCUAGGAAUGAGUGUACUGGGGAAGCAAAUGAUUGGAGGACAGAGCGUAAUGUUUGAGUCCAAUCUGGCCAGUUUGAGUAUGGUGGCUGAUCCCUUAGGUGAUCCUCCGUCGGUAGUCACUUCAUUUCCCGUACAAACCACAGACUCGUUCUCUCCCUCGUCUCUCGGUAGUUUUGGUAUUCCAGUUGGAGGAGGAAACUCUGUCAGUGGAGCUGUUGAUAUGUUUGGAUUCUCUACUAAUUCUUCCACCAACCCGUCAGCAGUCACUGAUUCAAUGUCAUCACUGAAAGAGAUCACGACAGAGGCAAUACUUACCCACGGACUCCUUAACGAGAAUAAAAGAAAUACUUCGGAUCAAAACUUAAGAGCAUUACUCAAUCCAUCAGCUGCCCCUGGCUCACGUUUAGAUGCUGCCCUAAGUCUAGGGACUUCAACCACCAGUUCCCUCCCUAGAGAUGCCACGCCCAUUCAGCCUCUACUGGGUGUGGCCCCCCUGGGACCAAUUUCCCUCGGGCAGGACAAGGUUUAUCAAUUGAGAAUGUUAGAGUCGGCUUAUAAGCACAUGCCCGAACCCUCAGACUCUGAAAAAGUCAGGCCGUACCUCCAGAGAACGCCGUACCCUACCCCACCAUACCAUCCUCAGCACUCACCCUCUCAUAUGGACUCUUAUGACUUUUACCAAAGACUCUCCAUUGAAACACUCUUCUUCAUAUUCUAUUACAUGGAGGGUACCAAGGCACAGUACAUGGCAGCUAAAGCUCUCAAGAAGUUGUCCUGGAGAUUCCAUACAAAAUAUAUGACCUGGUUCCAGAGACUGGAGGAACCUAACACCAUCACUGAUGAUUAUGAAAUGGGAACUUACAUCUACUUUGAUUAUGAGAAGUGGGCACAGAGAAAGAAGGAUGGAUUCACCUUUGAGUACAGAUACCUUGAAGACAGAGACCUCCCAUGAUGCCAGGUCUCCCUAUACACUUUCCACCACCUUCUUAUCUCACGAUAGCCAUCUUGUAAUUGCUUGUAACACCAUAGUAUUUAGAAAGAGAGAGAGAGAGAGAGAGCUAAUCGCAUCAUUUUGAUAAUAAUGGCUUCACAUGUUUUACAAUAUUAUACUUGUAUACAUUUUAAAACGAUUAAUUUC